GGGGCCAGAGCCUCCAGUGAGCUAAAGAGGAAGAAAGACUUUGAUGAAGUGUCCUGUUCACAGCGGCUGCUGCCUUGGAUGGAGAGCUGGUUUCCACAGUGUGGGGCUGGGGUGGGAUGCCUGCAUCCUCCCAGCUGCCUCCCAGCUUGGUGGUUCCUCCGUUUGCUGCUGGUGCCCUGGACCCUGAAGCUAGCAGGAGGGAUAUCAGUGACCCACACCGGCCUCCCUAUCAUGGUCUCUCUGGCCAACACGGCUGUCUCCUUUAGCUGCAGAAUCAACUACCAGGACACCCCACAAUUGGAGGGCUUCACCUUUAGCUUCUUUCAUGAGGAUCUCCAUGGCAAGAAAAGUUUGGAGAAGCCAAUUCACUGCAAACACAGUCCUGGCGCAGAGAACCAGACCCUGGAUUGUGAGGUUAAACUCAACCUGCCAAAUACAUCGGCCACAGGCACUUACUACUGCUUAGUCAGAGGGCACAUCUCGGUGCAGGGCAGUGGAACCUUCAUUCUGGUCAGAGACACAGCAUACCAGCCACCUUCGUUCAAGCGCCAGGAGGCCCUGCUGUUCAGUUUUACCGGCCUGCUGGGUGCCCUGAGUGUGCUGGGCACAGUUCUACUGCUUUGGAAGAAGAAACAGAUGUCAGUCCUGGGCAAGCACAUUACCAGGACAUGCCCCGGUCCCAAAUCCACUGGUGGAACCACAAAGCCUCCAGCAGAAUCCAUCUACACGGGUCUACAGCGCCGAGAGACAGAAGUCUAUGCCUGCCUUGAAGGAGAGACUGGCAGCCCUGUCUCCAGCCAAAGUCCUCCCUCCAAGGAGAAACAGAAUAGAUUUGAGGAAGACAAUGAAUUUAACCUCGUCUAUGAAAAUCUCUAGGAGACGUUCCACAAACCCUGAGCCUUCUCUUGGAUUAGGGACCCCGAGCCGCUUCUCUUGUCCGAGGACACAAUCUGGGCCAGGAGCAGGGCCCGUAGACCAUGCCAUCACCUGCACAGUCUGGCCUCUCCCUGCCGUGGCCUGACCCACUCUCCCAUCCUUCCUGCCAGCCUGUUGUUCACAUCUCUGGGCUUUCGCCCAGCCUUCUCCACCAUCUAGAGAGCCAUUCUUCCCCUGGUCCCCCCGGGCUCUUUUGACUACCACCUCUUUCCCUCUUCAUCCUUUACUGCCAUCCCCUACAGAGCUGUGCACAUGGCUCUCUUAACACGGGUCUCCCAUCUGGGCCCAUAGAGUGGGCAGCGAAGAACUGCACAAAAGCUGGCUGGGUCCAGGGCCGGAUAUGGAGGCUUAGGAUAUGGCAAGUGGUGGUGAACCAGGGCCCGGAGCAGGGAGGUUCCAUAUGUACUGGGGAGAAAGGGAAGUCUGGUUUGCUUAGGGUCAGUGUGGAGGACUGAUUAUACAGGAGCUCCUUUCCCCAAACAAGAACCCCUAGCUGAUUUCCCACCAGCCUGUGUGGGCACUCACCUCACUGUGCCUACAGCCCUUGGCUCUCCAGGCCUCUUCCUUACUCUACCCUAAAACCCAGCUCCCCCAAAUCCCUUCCUUGUGGCCUCUUCUGACCCCACUACCAGCAGCCCCAUCCUAUUUUCCUCUUUAAUUAUUUGCUUUUGGUCCAUCCUGCCCCAAUUUCAGAUGGAGACCAGCCUAGCUGUCUCAAUGCUACCUCUGUGUGGGUGGGUGGGUCUCUGUGCUGAAGUUCAAGCCAGGAUGGACAAAAGUGACCUUCAGCCUUUCUGCCCCUCCCCAACCAGAAACUCAUUCAAGGAACCCCUCAUUUCAUCCUCCAAGCAGCUCUGCAAUAGGGGAACCAUCUCCUUGGAAGACAGGAACUGAAGGUCUCUGUGUCCCGGGCUGCAGGGAUCCUUUCUCACCCUUCUUCCCUCCUUUGCCUUUCCCAGACUCAGUUUAUCUAUGAAACAGACAAGCCAAUCCACUUCCCCUGCUUUCCAGGCUACUUCAAAAGUGCCUGGAAUGUUCUCAUUCCAAAGCCUGUGUGCACCCAGGGAACGCGGAGGUGUCAGUGUUCAGGCACCUAGCCUGGACCCAGCAGUACGGAACCAUUUCCCCUCAGGCAGCACCUUCUGUUCUGCAAGUGAGACCCUCCUUGAAGGAAGAGAAAGGCUAGAGCGGAAGACACAGGCUGAUCUCUGGAAGCCCACUGUGCCCCUGGAUAGUGGCACCAGGCUUUUCUGGGCCCAGUGGCCAGCAACCUACAAGCCUGGUUCUAUCGAGUCCCUACUCUGUGAACAUCCAACAAACAAAGCUCUUCAUGGACUGGGCUAAGUGAAGGCCUGUGCUCCUGAGGCUGGCUUAAUGAGUUCCUGGUCUGUGAAGGAGGGAAAGUGUGUGGCACAGAGCUGUCCCCAGGCUCCUGACUCCAGCAGCCUGAGAGGAAGGUCAGUGCUGGGGUGGGAACUGCAGUCAGCAAACACCUGGCUGCUACUUCCCCCGCUUCCUCAGCUCUGUGGCCAGUCUCUGGACUCUCUGACUGGGACUCAGGUUUCCCCUGCCCUGUCUAGGAAAGUGAGGAAGCCUGGUAUGAAUUCACAUGGUGCCCUGGCUCAGAACCCAGCACCCAGGCCUCCCAGAAGUCCCUAAUGUCCCCACCCCCCUCUUCCCUAUAAAGAAGCUGAGGGGACCUGGCAAAACCUACUUUGUUUUUGUCCCUUGCCUGUGAAAAGCCUUCUGUGGCUUCUACUUCGCUUACAAUAAAGUCUCGGCUCCUUACUGUGGCCUAGGAA